ACCGAUCUGUAUAUCAUAUACCGUGUCCCUGUGAGGAGCGAGGCCCAUAUACGGGCACAUCUCAAUAGUUAAAAUAUCUGCGUCAAUGUAAAGUUGCUGCGCUGCGCUGAUCCUGUCUAACGUCUUCUCUGCAUGAUCGCUUAUCCUAUGUUACAUACGAAGAACGCACUGGUGGAGGUCACAUGAAGUACUAUCUCCGUUAUCGAUCGGUGUCUCGAUGGCUAUAACAUUUAUGGCAGGCUACGAGUCACCUGAUUGCAGUAAAUUCUGGGUUAGUAGUGCGCUGUCUGCACCCAUAAAUUAUACUUCGCUGCGCCGUGCGUUUUUAGUGUCGUCUCGCUGCCACUGACUGUGUGGCCGACUUGCAAGUAAACAAGCAUGAGUACCAUUUCGAGACAGCGCCAGACUGCAGCCGCAGCGAUCCCCGUCUCCCCGGAUUCUUCUGGCUCACCUUUCUCCUUAACUGCAAACCUCCUGCGUCUUUUUAGCCACAUCAAAUAUGAGAAUUUGGCAGCCGGACUGAGCGGGGGAGUAAUCUCGACAAUGGUGCUUCAUCCCCUGGAUCUGGUGAAAAUACGCUUUGCAGUGAGUGACGGGUUGCAGAUGAGACCCCAGUAUGAUGGAAUGGUGCACUGCAUGAGAAGCAUCUGGCAGCUGGAGGGGAUUCGGGGUCUCUACCAAGGAGUGACCCCAAACAUCUGGGGCGCAGGGGCGUCCUGGGGCCUUUACUUCCUAUUUUACAAUGCCAUCAAGGCGUACACCCAGGAGGGCCGCCAGACUGAACUUAGUGCUUUUGAGCACCUGGUGUCCGCAGCCGAAGCAGGCAUGCUGACGCUUUGCCUGACCAAUCCGGUCUGGGUGACAAAGACCCGGCUGGUCCUGCAGUACAAUGCAGACCCAUCCCGGAAGCAGUACAAGGGAAUGCUGGACGCCCUCGUGAAAAUAUACCGUCACGAGGGUAUCCCAGGAUUAUACAGGGGUUUUUUGCCUGGUCUGGUGGGUACUUCCCACUCUGCGCUGCAAUUCAUGACCUAUGAGAGCCUCAAGAGAGACUACAACAAGUCCAGGAAGAUGCCCUCAGAGGCCUUGCUGUCUCCACUUGAGUACAUUGCCAUGGCAGCAAUCUCCAAGAUAUUUGCUGUGGCAGUAACUUACCCGUAUCAGGUUGUCCGAGCUCGCCUACAGGACCAGCACAACAACUACAGUGGGCUUGUGGACGUGCUAAGGAGGACAUGGAGCAAUGAAGGGGUGGAGGGCUUCUACAAAGGAAUGGUCCCCAACCUGGUGCGCGUCAUCCCAGCCUGCUGCAUCACCUUCUUGGUGUACGAGAACGUGUCUCGCUUGCUGCUGGGGGAGUAUCAUUAAACCCCAAACAUGCGCGUACACACACACACACACACAUACACCCCCGAUACGCACAUACAUACGCACACUCACACACCAAUACAUACAUACAUAUAUACACUCAUACACACACACACACACACACACACACACACACACACACACACACACACACACACACACACAUAUAUGCUCACUGACACAAAAUCACCCAUACACACACCUCAGGAACACUGAAAUGGACCAACAGGAUGGAGAUGACAGCCAACAAGCAGGGCAGCAAUGCCAGUUUGUUUUCCAAGUGGCCCCCAGGAGACUUCAAUGCACAACAAACUCUUGGGGGAUCACGCAGCAUAGUUUCACUGGAGGUUGAAGACAGCACACCACCUCAGUCUCUGAUGAGGGACGACCCAAACCAUUGCUGUUGCUGGUUAGUGAUUAGAGUAGCACCAUGUGGAAAGCAAUGUGUGUUGAAGUUUCUGUUAUGAGUUGUUGGAGAAGGUUACACAACAUGGAGGAAAGGACUAGGGCCAACGGCCACGUUAAGGGGAAGUGACACUUUCAACUAUUGCAACUCUCAUGUAGAACAACCAAGAUAAUGUUUUGACACCUCGGUCAUUGUCAUCGUUUGUCCUCUGUUUUUUUUCGCACACUGACCUUUCUCUCCGGGUGGAAAACUUAAACACACGUGCUUGUGCUUGUACUUGUGUGAGGGAGAGGGAGUGCCGCAUUAGACUGUCCCGACUGCUGUAUAUUUGAAGCACUUGACUCCUAUAAGAGAGACGAGGGGGAGGGGUGGACAAACCCAUCUACCCUCUCAUGCUUUGCGGAGGGAGGAGAUGACGUCAGCAACUUUCCAUUGCUGAGUUUGUUGGGCUCAGACAGUCCAGCCUGGACGUCCCUUAAGGAAAGACACAUGGAGACACACGGUCACAUGGAGAGGAGAGAAAAAAAGACUGAAAGAGAGACUGAAAGAAAAAGAAUGUAUAGGUGUGAACCAAAAAUAAGGAGUCUUAGAAAGAGUUGCUCAGGGGGGGGAAACGAUCAUGAAUCCUAUGUUUCGGAUAGUUUUGAAAAGAAAGUGGCUCUCUAAAAACUAUAUAGGACAUAUUCAUGGAAAAAGUGGAAAAAAUCACAUCUUAUGUUUUUAUUGACACGUGCGAAUAGUAUUGCUUAUGACAUUUUUCUAAUUAUCAGCGUACAGUAAGUCCAUAUGCUAGAUGUCUUUGUCACCACUAGGGUGCAGUCUUGUCCUUGGAUUGGAAAUGUUUAUGUGUGUCUAGACUUGUGCACAAAUUAAAAGCCAUGUUGGCUUCCUCCCUCGUCUGUCUAAUGAAAUAGAGGCUUAUCGUAAUGAUGGUGCCAGGAUAUAAAAAUAUCCCUGAAGUCCAACUUUUUUCACAAUAAAGAAGUAUUAUAUUAAAGAUGAAACUGCUCUAAAGACAUUGAA